ACACAUAUAUACAUACACAUGUAUAUAUAAUUAGCGGCACGUUUGUUUGCAUCAUUAUUCAUUCCUUAACCGACUGAUUUGGUAUUGAUUUUCAAUGAUUGUUAAUGUCUUCUAAUUCAUCUCCCAAAAGCUUCAGCAGCUGCAGCAGUGAAAUUGAAGAUGACAAUAACAAUGGCAAUGAGCUCCGACGAGGCCCCUGGACUCUUGAAGAAGACAAUCUCCUCAUUCAUUCCAUUUCUAUUCACGGCGAAGGCCGCUGGAAUCUCCUCGCCAAACGCUCCGGAUUAAGAAGAACAGGGAAGAGUUGCAGAUUAAGAUGGCUUAAUUAUCUUAAACCAGAUGUCAAAAGAGGAAAUUUGUCAGCUCAAGAACAACUCUUGAUUCUUGAUCUUCAUUCCAAAUGGGGCAACAGAUGGUCGAAAAUUGCGCAGCAUUUGCCGGGAAGAACUGAUAAUGAAAUUAAAAACUAUUGGAGAACAAGAGUUCAAAAACAAGCGAGGCAUCUUAAUAUCGAUACGAACAGCGAGGCAUUUCAACAAAUUAUUCGAUCUUAUUGGAUGCCAAGAUUAAUUCAGAAAAUCAACCAAUCGCCGCCGUCGGAAUUGCCGAUUACUUCACCACCAGAGAUGAUCUCCAAGAGUUCGUUUGUUUUUGAAGCUCCGACUACGGCGGCGCCACAGCCGGCGAUGACGCCUCUGCAACUCGGUGGAGAUUUGAUGGGGAGUUCGUAUAAUUCUUCUUCUUCUUCACAACUGACCCAAAUUUCCGGUUAUCAAAAUUACGAGAAUUUUGGGCCGUUUGUGAAGGAUUAUUGUCACGACGGCCAUGGCGGAGGAGAGAUGAUGAACUGGGCGACGACGGCGGUGACUGGGGAUUCUGGUUAUCCGGUUGCUCAUUGCCACGUGGCUGAAAGUAAUUGGAUGGAAAACGAUUUUACCGGUUACAUAUCCAACAUGGAUGAAUUAUGGCAAUUUUAAUUAGGACGAAGUUAUAUUUUAAAAAAUAGAACUCUGGGUUUUUUAUUUUUUUUUUUCUUAGAUAACCCAGAAAAAGAGGUUUUUGAUUGAUUCAUAAUUUUCCAUUCGUUUGGGACUUCUUAUUUUGGGAAAUCUCUAUUUUCCUCCAAAUUGGGAAAAAAAAACCUCCCCCAAUUGUAGAAUAUUUAAUAUAGUCCUAUUAAAAUAAUGUUUGAUAAAACAUUAUGUAUAUUAUGAUCGAGUCUAUUUUUUAAUGCAAGCUAAGUGUGGUUAUUUUGCUAA